CCCCCGCAGGCGAGCUACAGUGGAACUCAGCCUUGGUCGUCAGCGCUGUGCGCUCAGUGCUCUCCGCCUCUCUCCACUCCAGCCGGGUCCGCCGCCGCCCCGCCACCGCCAUGGCCCAAGCUGAUAUUGCGCUGAUUGGACUGGCCGUCAUGGGCCAGAACUUAAUUUUGAACAUGAAUGACCACGGCUUUGUGGUCUGUGCUUUCAAUAGGACGGUCUCCAAAGUGGAUGAUUUCUUGGCCAAUGAGGCCAAGGGAACCAAAGUGGUCGGAGCACACUCGCUGGAGGAGAUGGUCUCCAAGCUGAAGAAGCCCCGGCGGAUCAUCCUGCUGGUGAAGGCCGGCCAGGCCGUGGACGAUUUCAUUGGGAAACUGGUGCCGUUGCUGGACUCCGGUGACAUCAUCAUCGAUGGAGGAAAUUCUGAGUACAGGGAUACCACGAGACGAUGUCGGGACCUCAAGGCCAAGGGAAUCCUGUUCGUGGGGAGCGGCGUCAGCGGGGGCGAGGACGGGGCCCGGUACGGCCCGUCCCUCAUGCCCGGAGGGAACAAAGCAGCCUGGCCCCACAUCAAGACGAUCUUCCAGGGCAUCGCCGCCAAGGUCGGGACCGGAGAGCCCUGCUGUGACUGGGUGGGGGAGGAGGGAGCAGGGCACUUCGUGAAGAUGGUGCACAACGGGAUCGAGUACGGGGACAUGCAGCUCAUCUGCGAGGCCUACCACCUGAUGAAGGACGUGCUGGGCAUGGAGCACGGCGAGAUGGCGCAGGCGUUUGAGGACUGGAAUAAGACGGAGCUGGACUCGUUCCUGAUCGAAAUCACGGCCAACAUCCUCAAGUUCCAGGACGGCGACGGCACCCCGCUGCUGCCCAAGAUCAGGGACAGCGCGGGCCAGAAGGGCACGGGGAAGUGGACCGCCAUCUCGGCCUUGGAGUACGGCGUGCCCGUCACCCUCAUCGGAGAAGCCGUCUUCGCACGAUGCCUGUCCUCUCUGAAGGACGAGAGGAUCCAAGCCAGCAAAAAGCUCAAGGGGCCGCAAAAGACCCAGUUUAAAGGCGAUAAGAAAUCCUUCCUGGAGGACAUUCGCAAGGCCCUCUACGCGUCCAAGAUCAUCUCCUACGCACAAGGCUUUAUGCUCCUGCGGCAGGCAGCCACCGAAUUUGGCUGGACCCUCAACUACGGUGGCAUCGCCUUGAUGUGGAGGGGGGGCUGCAUCAUCAGAAGCGUGUUCCUGGGGAAGAUCAAAGAAGCCUUCGACCGCAACCCGGGGCUUCAGAACCUGCUGCUGGACGACUUCUUCAAGUCAGCGGUGGAGGACUGCCAGGACUCCUGGCGGCGGGCGGUCAGCACGGGCGUCCAGGCGGGCAUCCCCAUGCCCUGCUUCACCACGGCCCUGGCCUUCUACGACGGCUACAGGCACGACAUGCUGCCAGCCAACCUGAUCCAGGCCCAGCGGGACUACUUUGGGGCCCACACCUAUGAACUCUUGGCCGCACCGGGAAAGUUCAUCCACACGAACUGGACCGGCCAUGGGGGCAGCGUGUCGUCGUCCUCCUACAACGCCUAGGCGGGCGGGGGCCACCCACCCACGCGACUCCACAGGCAGGGGCGCCCCGCCCGCCACGCAGCACCGCUCACACGGCCCUCCGCCCUCCUUUCUGCGCAGAUCUUUCCAAAUAGUGUCGCCAGAGACUCCUGAAGUCACCCCGAGCUCACGGGGGAGCGGUUCUGUGAGAACCGUCAGGCCCCCCGCCCUUGCCGCCCGGGACUGGUGGGGCAUCGCCACGUGCUCCUUGGAGCAGCCACCGCCCGCGCGUCCCCGUGCAUCAGGGAGGCCCCGCGCUUGCCCCGACAGAGGGACCACAGGGAAGGGGAGGGGUCGCGUAGGCUCCGCUCGGGGAGGACCCUGGUAUCCUGCGGCUGGCUUCCCUUUCCUUCCACGUAAUAAAAGCCACGUUGUCUUU